AUGGCUAACUCCAAAACCUUCUUCUAUCCAACCUUCUUCACAACCUUUCUCUUCUUUUCCUUUGUAAACGCCACUUACUAUCAAGACAUAUCUCCAUCAUUCCUUGGUUUCAAACAAGAGAAACUCACUCACAUCAACUUUUUCUUCCAUGACAUCGUUACAGGCCCAAAACCCACCAUGAUCAUAUCCUCUGAAUCUCCCUUAAACGGUAAAUCCGAAUCUCCCUUACCGUUCGGGACCAUAGUGGUUCUGGAAGAUCCACUAACAGUUGGACCCGAACUUAGUUCCGAACAAAUUGGAAAAGCCCAAGGCUUCUACUUAACCGUUUCUCAAGCUGCCGUGCGUGAUUUGGAGUUAGUUAUGGGAAUGACUUUUGUGUUUACACAAGGGAAAUACAACGGUAGCACGCUAAGCGUGCUUGGGCGCAACACGAUUAUUGCUCCGAUAAGAGAAAUGCCGAUCAUUGGUGGAACCGGAGAAUUUCGAUUCGCACGUGGUUUUCUUCAGGCGAAAUCGUAUACAGUUGAUUAUCAUUUAGGUGAUGCUGUUGUGGAAUAUAAUAUCUAUGUGUUUCAUUAUCCUUCAACUUCAUCGUCUCCAGAGGUUUUUGAUGACGGUAGUCGAUUCAUGAACGAACAUAUGUUUGGCAUAAUAUAG